UUUAAGAACCCAGCUUUCUUCCCCAACCCCGUUUCUCUUUCCAGACUGCUUCGACUACUAGGAGAAAGUCGAGCGUGGGAACGCGAUGGGGCUCUGCUGGAUGACCCUGUGUCUGCUGGCGGCCCUCCUGUUGGGGGACUCCUCCGGCUCUGUCGGGCACUCUCUGCAGUAUCAGUACGUGGUGGUAUCCGAUCCCAGUGAUGGACUGCCCCAGUUCUUCACGGUGGGCUAUCUGGAUGGCCAGGUCAUCACUUACUAUGACAGUGUGAAAAAGAAGAAGGUGCCGAAGGUGUCCUGGAUGGAGGAGGUGGAGAAGGAGGAUGCCAACUACUGGAAGGACGGAAGCAGAAUCUUGCGGGCCACUCAGCGGGUGCUCCAAGAAGAUCUGAGGAAUGUUCAAAACCGCUACAAGCAGAAAGAAGGGUUUCACACUUGGCAGGUCACUUAUGGCUGUGGGUUCACAGGAAACGGGAGCAAAGAUGGUUAUUCACAGUACGGCUACGACGGGAGGACCUUCCUCACCUUCGACAAAGAGACACUGAGCUGGGUGGCUUCUGAGCCUCAGGCCCAGAUCACCAAGAGGAAUUGGGAUGUUAAUGUGCCGUGGUCCCGGAGAAAUAAAGUCUACCUGGAGAAGGAAUGCAUUGAGUGGCUGGAGAAGUACCUGUCGUAUAGGAGGAAGGAGAUGCUGCUGAAGGCAGGUGCGUAUCCCAGGGGAGGGGAAAUACAGUGCUGGAUUUAUAGUAGAUGAGGUGUUUCUGUUUCUCAGCCUUGGCAAUCUGAAGAUGUGUGGACAUCAAAUCCCAGAAUUCCCCAGGCACACGACUUUAAGUGGCCAAGCUUGAGAAGCGUUGCCCUAAGCCAGGGGUCCCAGUUGCCGGACCCGGGCCCACUAUUGGGCUGUGACCCGUUUGGAAACAUGCCGCGUGAGCGUGUGUGCGCACAGCUCUACUUGCAUGA